AGCAUCCAGUCAGUCCUGCUUCACUUUCCGUCUGUGGUGAGGGAGUCCUGAUCGCAGUGACCGUGUCACCGGAGGCAGAACGCUGGAUAACAUCUCGACUCGGACCAACAGGACCAAUGGACAACUGUUCGGUCUCCACCGGGGACAGCAAGCUGGACCAAGCCGUCCGGCAGUGGCUGCAGUAUGACCGGAACCCAAAAACAGCAUCGAUGGUGCAGGAGAUGGUGAAGGAUGGAGCGACGGAGGCUUUGAAGAAAUGCUUGUCCUCCAGGAUGGAGUUUGGUACAGCGGGCCUGAGAGCAGCGAUGGGCCCCGGAACGUCCUGCAUGAAUGACCUGACCAUCAUUCAGACCACACAGGGUUUCUGUUGCUACCUGGAACAGAGUUUCGGGGACCUUAAAGAGCGAGGGGUGGUGAUCGGGUACGACGCCCGGGCUCACCCUCCCAGCGGCGGCGGCAGCAAACGCUUCGCCAGCCUGGCCGCAGCGGUGUUCAUCAGCCGAGGCGUUCCGGUUCACCUCUUCUCCGACAUCACCCCAACUCCUUUUGUGCCUUUUGCUGUUUCCCACCUGGGACUGUGUGCCGGUAUCAUGGUGACAGCUUCACACAACCCCAAACAGGACAAUGGCUACAAGGUGUACUGGGAAAACGGGGCCCAGAUUGUGUCUCCUCAUGACAAAGGCAUCUCUAAAGCCAUUGAGGAAAACCUGAAGCCUUGGCCCGAGUCCUGGAACACAGAGGAGGCCUCCAAGAGCUCCUUGAUGAAAGACCCGUACGAGGAAAUCCACACACAAUACUUCAAAGCCAUCCAGACACACUGUCAUCACAGGGAGAUAAACAAGAGCUCAGAGGUGAAGAUCGUGCACACGUCGGUUCAUGGCGUCGGUCACGCGUUUGUCCAGUCGGCUUUCAAGGCCUUUGAUCUCCACCCUCCGUACGCCGUGGAGGAGCAGAAAGAUCCCGACCCCGAAUUCCCCACAGUCAAAUAUCCCAAUCCCGAGGAGGGCGAAGGAGUCCUGACGCUGUCGUUUGCGCUUGCAGACCGGGUGGGGGCCUCCGUCGUGCUGGCAAAUGACCCGGACGCUGAUCGACUGGCCAUGGCAGAAAAGCAGCAGAAUGGGCAGUGGAGAGUGUUCACCGGCAAUGAGUUGGGCGCUCUGCUCGGGUGGUGGAUUUUCCGCUGCUGGAAGGAACAAAACUCCGACGCCGCCGCUGUGAAGAACCUGUACAUGCUGUCCAGCACCGUCUCUUCCAAAAUACUCCGUGCCAUCGCUCUCAAGGAGGGCUUCCACUUUGAGGAAACGUUAACAGGGUUCAAAUGGAUGGGGAACAGAGCCAAAGAUCUUCUGGACCAGGGCAAGAUGGUUCUGUUUGCAUUUGAAGAGGCCAUAGGGUACAUGUGCAGUCCCUCCGUGCUGGACAAGGAUGGCGUCAGUGCCGCAGCCAUAGCGGGAGAGAUGGUAUCCUACCUGGCAACGGAAAACAUCAGCGUUUCCCAGCAGCUCACUACCAUCUAUGAAGAGUAUGGCUAUCACUUAAGUAAGAACUCCUACUUUAUCUGCCACGACCAGACUGUGAUCCGCAGCCUGUUUGACCGCCUGCGGAACUCCGGUGGUCAGAAAAACUCCUACCCCACCGACUGUGGAGCCUUUUCCAUCUCGACCGUGCGAGACUUGACCACCGGCUACGACAGCAAUCAGCCCGACAAAAAAGCUGUCCUUCCCACCUCCAGUUCCAGCCAGAUGAUCACCUUCACCUUCUCUAACGGAGGCGUCGCCACCAUGAGGACCAGCGGCACCGAGCCAAAGAUCAAAUACUACACCGAGCUCUGUGCCGCUCCUGGGAACAGUGACGUGACACACCUGAAGAAGGAACUGGACGACUUGGUCGACGCCAUCAUUGAAAACUUCUUCGAGCCAGAGAAGAAUAAACUUCAGCCCAAACCAGAGUAGCGCCGGUCGACAGAGGGCAGCUCAAAUCAUGUCUUAAUAACUCCACAACACAUUUUGGUUUCAUACAGGCUUUUUCGGUUUUUAUAACAUUGAAUUUUUUUUAAUCCAUUUAGAUUUUUGUUGAUCUUUAAAAAGGAGAAAUCUUUAUGGUAGGAUUUGGAACGCAAAUCUAGAUAUUCUUGAUUUUAUCUUUAAUAUUCAUCUGUCAGAACUCUUAACUUCACGUGUUGAAUUCAGGUUUACUCUGUCGGAGUAAUGGAGGAAGUGAAAUAUUUGAGCAUUCUAUAUCCACAACCAUUCCUGCUUCUGGACUGCGAUGUUAGAAUCACUGACUAAAGUCACCUGUAUUUAAUAUCAUGGAUUCCAAACUUUACUAACAGUCGCUGUGCUGCUAUUCUGAAAAUUCACAAGACAUUUUGUUUGAAAACUGCUCAAGAUGCUGUAUUUUUUAUUUUUUAUUUUAAUGUUGUGAACUGCUGUUAAACUGAGAUGUUUGUUAUAGAUUCGGGAGAUUUGACAUUACAGAUGACUGUAGAUUAUUUUAAAGUCUUAAACCUGGCCUACCUGAGAUGGUAAUAUUGCUGAUUUAACGGCAAAUAAAGUUCAUUUGGGACCACAAACUUGUU